GCUACCGCAAAGAACUUCAUUAGAAAAACGGAAGAAUUAUCACUUGUUGUGCUGUCCGACUUAUUUAUUAGCCGAAGCCCCCACUUGCUAAGAUGACUCAUGAACUGUAGCUGUAGUGUUGUUGCUUUGACAAAUUCAAAUUUUACUUGUAUCAAAGUUAAUCCAGUAUUCAAUUAGCUAGAGCUAUCAGUUUAUUGUGUCACUGCUAGCAGGUGCACACAGCGCGCACUACGUGCAUUGCGCUCCCAAUUCCGACACUCACUGAUCCACUGUGCUGUGACUGUGGCAUUUAUUGGUUGGGUGAUUGUUUGUAUUGACGGGUGUACUUGAAUACGCCCUGCAGUGGCCGGUAUAGUACUGUGCCACCUUAAGAACCAACCAUGGCUCUGUUCGAGAAAAGGAAGUCGUCUUUCAAAGUUUUACUGGACGAUACAAUCACACUGCAGUGUGUCAUCGAAGCUGCUCAGAAUCUGGAAACACACACUGACUAUGUCAUGAAAGUUCAGAGAGGUACAUCUACAGAAAAUAGCUGGCAGAUAAAUCGACGAUACAGUGACUUUGUAGCAUUCCACGAGCUGCUGAAGAUUUCCAAUCUGGAUCUUCCUCUGCCGCCCAAGAAGAUGUUUGGUAACAUGGACCGUGAGUUCAUUGCAGAGAGGCAGCAGAACCUACAACAAUACCUCACCCUUAUACUGUCCCAUCAUCUAUUGGCUACCAGUAUUAUCGUCAAGAGGUUUCUGGAUCAAGCUAACUAUCCCUCCAAUUUACAAGAGAUAGCGCUUCAGCAUGUUUCCAUGUUCUUCAGGUCGGAGCCACACUGGGAAGUAGUAGAUGCGAUGAAAGAUAUCGGAUGGAGGAUCCGUAAGAGUUAUUUCAUGAUCAAGCCUAAAGACCAGCCCAAAGUCAGGCAAAUCUUAGCAUGGAGUGACUUUGGACCAGAUAAGGUUUUGGAUGACAAAGUCCUACUCCAAGCCAUGAAAAUGCUUCCGACCAUUCAACACCCUUAUAUCUACCCAGUCACAUAUGCAUCAGCCAAUGAAACAGGAGGGUUUGCUAUCCGUACGUACCAUGCUACUGGAACACUAAGAGACUUCAUAUGUAAGUCCAAACCCAAGCACCACUACCUGAGGAAGUACUGCAAUCCAAAAUCAUACGCUGCUUUAGAUCUGACCACCAUGAGAACAUAUGGAAGACAAAUAUUAGAGGCAUUGAAGUUCCUGCAUGAGAAAGGCAUCCCAUACGGUCAUCUGCAUACAGGCAAUGUUAUCUUAGAGGGGAAUGCCUGCCGACUGCUGGACAUCGAGAAUUCAAUGCUGGGUCUGCCGUCAUACUAUCGAGAUUUCAUCAUACAACACAAGAAAAUCAAGACUACAGAAGAAGUUGAUGUAUACAGCUUUGGUCAUGUCUUAUUUGAGAUGGUGUUCGGUAUGCCACUACAUAAGCACUUCAAAGAUGACUUCCCUCACACAGUGCCAGCUCCAGCAAAGUCUGUGCUUGAGUCUAUUUUGACUUCUGAAUCUUGUAAGAAAGGCAUGCCUACCGUUGAGGACCUGCUUGACCACCAGUUUUUCAAAGACGUACCAGUAACAGAAGGUCCACAGUUCAGACUGCCUAGUAAGUUGAAAGAACCACUCAAGAUGGCCAAAGAAAUGGGCGUAGAGAAACGCCUGAAGUCAGACCAGAAACAGUUUUCAAGUUGGAUGAGGUUAUCCAAGGUACAUGCCCAUCACAACUCAGAAGAAGAGAAGAAAAAGAGAAAAAAGGCAAUGGUCAGGAAGAGGAUAUCAGAGCAACAACUUAGCAUCGAUGAAAAUCAGACAAAUGGUGCAAGUAAUGGUGUUGCAUCAAGUGUGAGUAGUCCGUCAUCAACAGCGCCCUCAUCGCCAGCAUCAGAAGCGAGUGCAAAGACGUAAGCACAUCAAAGAAAAAGGUUACCAUAAAUGAGAAUAAGCAUACCACUAGUUCCACCAUCAGCACCUCCGGCCCCGCCUCCCCCAUCUACUCCCUUCCAACCACCACGCGCCCCGCCCCCGCCCCAAGC